AUGGAGAAUGGAUCGCAGUUGAGGGUUGCCAUGAUGGACAGGGGAAUGCAGAUAAUAAGUUACACAACACAAUUACCGUUGAUAUCACCGAAAUCCAGCAAUCCUGUGACUAUCGGCCUUGACGUGUCGGAAAUUAGAUUCGUGGCCAGAGAUGUUAUCAUAUUCCUUCGUCUGAUCGAGAUCUCUGUAUUCGAUGAGCUGCUCUCGACCCAGGACUCCGAUCUGGGCAUUGUGCCCCUUGAUAUGGGCCUUUAUAUUGGUCUAUGCAAGGGGUGA